GUUUACUUCCGCCCUCAAACCAAUUCGGCUCGCAAUACGAGAGUCGGAAGGAAAAGAGAAAAGGAGGAGAUAAAAAGUGAAAAAGAGAAAGCGCUGCCAGUGACGGUGAGCAACGAUGCGGGAAUUACAAGUGGGAGCGGAGUAAGCCUAAGGCUGGAAUGUCGUCGAUAUCGAAAGAAAUAUAACAGCGUGAGGCAGUGAGUCCCGAGAGAGAAAGAUGAGAAUGAAGACAGAGAAGGAGAAGAAGUAUUCUAAACAGGAGAUGCUUGAAUGAACCUCCAAAAGAGUCGUCAAAUCACACAGGGCAUCAGCAAGAGAAGAAGAUGUGAGAGGAGCUUAUCGUGAAAAGACACUGAGAAGGCAAAAAAUGUCAGCUGCCUAAGAGCCUCCAGACCAGUGGUGACAAUGUGAGUCUUAGAACAGAAGAGCAGAUGCUUGGAAGAGAGAAGAGUUUUCCACGGAGCAUGUCCUCAGCCAAUGAUGACGACAUGGAUGAAAGACUUGCUCAGGUUAAACAAGAGGACUAUGAGUUGGGUGAAUCAAAGGAUCAUGAAGGCAUCAUUUCCUUGUUUAAAGAGGAGGGGACUGACGUUAAAGCUGAGGAUUCUAGAGAUGACCUUGUUAGCCUUGCACUGCAAAGCCACAAAACAGGGAAUGCUUUCAGUCAAGACGUUUGUGAAGAGUCUCAAUCCAGUUUACAACCCUGGGUCACAAAUAUGUGGCAACUGCAUAACUUUCUUGAAGUAAAUUCUGAAACUGGAAAGAGAAUAAAAGAAGAGGACUGUGAGUGGGGUGCAGUAGAGAGUUUAUGUUUGAAGGUGGAGGAUUGUGAAGGGAAAAUUUCCGACGUUAAGGAAGACGAGUCCAAGGGGGAGACUGUUGACAUUAAUAUCAAGAAGUCAGAGGAUUUCUCGGGUAGUCUUGAACUUCAAAAACAUGAAAGUGAAGACAUUUUCAAGGAGGAUAUCUGUGAAGAGCCCCAGUUCACUAAUACGGGACACCUGACUACCCAGCAGAAUUUUUUGGACUUAAAAUCUGAGAUAUCCGAGUUUGAAGAUGAAAUUGUUGAAGGAAAUGGGAGAGAAGCAGAAGAGCAACAGUCAUCUGUAAUUGCUGAAAUCAAUUUCCAGGAGAAUGGCGGCUCCUAUCCAUCUUCAUUUGCUCAGAGCUCUCUUCAUUGCAGACUGCAGCAGAAACAGGGCAAGGGGAAGAUGAAGAAAUCAUCAAGUGAAUGGACCCCAGCCUCUUCCCAGUGUUGUUCUCUUCCCGCAACCAAGCAAGUAAAAAUAGGAGUCAUCAACCCUGAACAACUGUAUAAUCCUGAGGUUGUGUGUGCUAGCCAAGAACACACAAAACCAUUAAAGAACAAAUCUUACUGUAAAGAUGAGUCAAUUCAUACAAGGCCAAAGCCAUUUUGCUGUUCACAGUGUGGCAAACGAUUCCUCCAUAACAGCAGUCUUCAGGCACAUGUAAGAAUUCAUACUGGAGAAAAACCUCAUUGCUGCGCUGAAUGUGGUAAACGGUUUUCCAGCAGUUACAAGCUCCAAAGACAUACAAGAAUCCACACUGGAGAAAAGCCCUAUGGCUGUGACUUAUGUGGAAAAAGAUUUUCUGACAGUGGCACUCUUCAGGUACAUAGAAAAAUGCAUACUGGAGACAGACCUCAUUGUUGUUUUGAGUGUGGCAAACGAUUUUCUGACAGGUUUAGUCUCCAAAGACACACACGAAUCCAUACUGGAGAAAAGCCCUUUGAAUGUGCCGACUGUGGAAAACGAUUCACUGAAAAGGGCAAUCUUCAGAAGCACACAAAAAUUCAUUCUAGACAGAAGACAUAUGACUGUUCUGAAUGUGAAAAGAAAUUCACUGACAAAAGAGCUCUUCGGCAGCACACACUGAUUCAUACUGGAAAAAAACCUCAUUGUUGUUUUAAAUGUGGUAAACGAUUUUCUGACAAUUACAAGCUCCAAACACACACAAGAAUCCACACCGGAGAAAAGCCAUAUGGCUGUGCUGAAUGUGGUAAAAGAUUCAUCCAAAGAGUCAAUCUUCAGAGCCACACAAGAAUUCAUACGGGAGAGAAGCCAUAUUUCUGUUCUGAAUGUGGCAAAAGAUUUUCCGACAGUUACAAUCUUCAAAGACACACACGAAUUCACACUGGAGAAAAGCCAUAUGGCUGUGUCGAAUGUGGAAAACGCUUCGCUGACAGUAGCACUCUUCAGACCCACAGAAGAAUUCAUACUGGAGAAAAGCCAUAUUGCUGCUCCGAAUGUGGUAAACGAUUCCUCCAUAACAGCAGUCUUCAGGCACACAUAAGGAUUCAUACUGGAGUAAAACCUCACUGCUGCUCUGAAUGUGGCAAACGAUUUUCAGACAGUUACAAUCUUCAAAGGCAUGCAAGAAUCCACACUGGAGAGAAGCCAUAUGGCUGUGCUGAAUGCGGCAAACAAUUUGCGGACAGUAGCAAUCUUCGCAGCCACAUAAGAGUUCAUAGUGGAGAAAAGCCUUUUGCCUGUUCUGAAUGUGGCAAACGAUUUUCCAACCGUAACGGUCUUCGCCAGCACACAUACAUUCAUAGUGGAGGGAAACCAUACUGCUGUUCUGAAUGUGGCAAGCUGUUCUCCAGGAAUAGCCAUCUUCACCUUUACGCACAUAAAAGAAUUCACAUUGGAGAAAAGCCCCAUUGCUGUGCAGAGUGUGGUAAGCGAUUCCUCAGUAACAGUGCACUUCAGCAGCACACACGUGUCCAUACUGGAGAGAAGCCGUACAGCUGUUCCGAAUGUGGCAAAAGAUUUUCUCAUCAAAGGAGUCUUAAAAACCAUACAAAAAUCCACACUGGAGACAAACCAUACUGCUGCUCUGACUGUGGUAAAGAAUUCUCGUUUUUAGGUAACUUUCAAAACCACUUAAGAAUUCACACUGGAGAAAAGCCUUAUUGUUGUAGUGAAUGUGGCAAAACGUUCACACAAGGAAGCAGCCUACGGCGGCACAUCAGAAUUCACACUGGAGAGAAGCCUCACUGUUGUUCGGAAUGUGGCAAACGAUUCUCACAAAUAAGCACUCUUCAGCGGCACAGACAGACUCACACUGGGGAAAAGCCAUAUAGUUGUUUAGAAUGUGGCAAACAAUUCUCUAAAAGUAGCCAUCUCCAGAGGCACAUGCAAAUUCACACUGGAGAGAAACCGUAUUGCUGUUCUGAAUGUGGAAAACAACUCUCUGACCAUAGCUCUCUUCGGCAGCACACACGAAUUCACACUGGAGAGAAGCCAUUUUGCUGCUCUGAAUGUGGCAAACGAUUCUCUAACUAUGGCUCUUUUCAGCAGCACCGACGAGUCCAUACUGGAGAGAAGCCAUAUUGCUGUUCUGAAUGUGGUAAAAGAUUUUCACAAAGAAGUGGUCUUCGAUACCACUCUGAAAUUCACACUGGAGAGAAGAGAAUCAGAGCUGAGCUAGCUGGGGGGAAGAGCUGAAGUCUGUCCUAGUAGUCCAUAAAUUGAGACUUUUAUCCAAAUAUCCCUAACUCGAGUAAGCCUUGUUUGCUAUUUGAGGCUCAAGUGGCCACACUAAUGCAAAUUGUUUGCUUUAAUUCAAGAUGGGGUUUCGGCAAUGAAUGACUUUGUGUGCACUUGUGAAAUUUAACCAGCCUUCGCUACUAAUCAUCGGUAACAUCUGUCAGGGCUCCAAAACACACAGAGAAGAGUGUGAUAUCUAAAGCUUGAAUGCUUUUGACUUUUAAGUAUGAAGCUGAUGUGAUGCAUUGCAUUUUGAGACAGGUUGGGAGAGUUUAAGGAUUUAUUUAACUGUAGUCAAAUAGAAGAAUGUGUAACAGAGACAGUAGUGGUCUUUUUAGAAGUUGGACAAGAAAUAACACUUGAUCUGUAACAACACAUGAAGGAAGCCAUAUUGCUGUUGUGAAUGUGGAAAACAACUCUCUGACCAUAGCUCUCUUCAACAGCGCAUACAAAUUAAUUCUAGAGAGAAGCCAUUUUGCUGCUCUGAAUGUGGCAAACGAUUCUCUAACUUUGGCUCUAACUAGAGUAGGAUGGCAAUCCAUAGCAGGUCAAUACCAACAUGUGUCGCCAGCACUGCAUAACUUGAUGUUAUCUCUCUCUCUCUCUCUCUC